AUGGCCGAGGGCGGCGGGGGCGCGCGAAGAAAGGCGCCGGCGCUGCUCGAGGCCGCCCGGGCGCGCUACGAGAGCCUACACAUCUCGGAUGAUGUGUUCGGAGAGUCAGGCCCGGACAGCGGCGGGAACCCUUUCUACAGCACCUCGGCCGCCUCGCGCUCUUCUUCGGCAGCCUCCUCGGACGAUGAGCACGAGCGCCCCGGCUUCUCGGGGACCCUCGCCAGCCCGCCACCUCCUGCCCGCGCCCCAUACGCGCAGGAUCCUGAGGAGGACGAGGCCAGCGCUGGCUGGAGUGCCACGCUACGGGACCGUCCGCCUCCCCGCUUCGAGGACACUGGCGGUCCAACCCGGAAGAUGCCCUCCAGCGCCAGUGCCAUGGACUUCUUCCAGCUCUUUGUUCCAGACAAUGUCCUCAAGAACAUGGUGGUGCAGACGAACAUGUAUGCCAAGAAGUUCCAGGAGCGGUUCGGGAGCGAUGGGGCCUGGGCCGAGGUGUCACUGACAGAGAUGAAGGCAUUCCUGGGCUACAUGAUCUCCACCAGCAUCUCCCACUGCGAGUCCGUGCUCAGCAUCUGGAGCGGCGGCUUCUACAGCAACCGGAGCCUCGCCCUGGUCAUGAGUCAGGCCCGCUUUGAGAAGAUCCUCAAGUACUUCCACGUCGUGGCCUUCCGCUCCAGCCAGACCACGCAUGGCCUCUACAAGGUUCAGCCCUUCCUUGACUCCUUGGAGAACAGCUUUGACGCCGCCUUCAGACCUUCUCAAACGCAGGUGCUACAUGAACCCCUGAUCGAUGAGGACCCUGUGUUCAUAGCCACAUGCACAGAGCGGGAGCUGCGGAAGAGGAAAAAGCGGAAAUUCAGCCUCUGGGUCCGGCAGUGCUCUUCCACGGGCUUUAUCAUCCAGAUUUACGUCCACCUGAAGGAGGGUGGGGGCCCUGAUGCCCUGGACGCCCUGAAGAACAAACCCCAGCUCCACAGCAUGGUGGCCCGGAGCCUGUGCCGGAAUGCAGCUGGCAAGAACUACAUCAUCUUCACGGGGCCCAGUAUCACCAGCCUGACCCUGUUUGAGGAGUUUGAGAAGCAAGGGAUCUAUUGCUGUGGCCUGCUCAGCUCCAGGAAGAGUGACUGCACUGGCCUCCCGCCGUCUAUGCUGACCAACCCGGCCAUUCCUCCUGCCCGGGGCCAGUACCAAAUCAAGAUGAAGGGCAACAUGUCCCUAAUCUGCUGGUAUAACAAAGGGCACUUUCGCUUCCUGACCAAUGCCUACUCCCCCAUGCAGCAAGGUGUCAUCAUCAAGAGGAAGAGUGGGGAGAUCCCCUGCCCCUUGGCUGUGGAGGCAUUCGCUGCUCACCUUAGCUACAUCUGCCGAUAUGAUGACAAAUACAGCAAGUAUUUCAUUUCUCAUAAACCCAACAAGACCUGGCAGCAGGUCUUCUGGUUUUCCAUCAGCAUUGCCAUCAACAAUGCCUAUAUCCUGUACAAGAUGUCAGACGCCUACCACGUGACAAGGUACAGCCGGGCGCAGUUUGGCGAGAGACUCGUCAGAGAGCUGCUGGGGCUGGAGGAUGCCUCGCCAGCCCACUGAUGCCAGCAUCACAUGGCCAGGCGCAGAAGGAGAUGCAGUCGAGGUAGGAGGAAGAGGAGGAAGAGAGCCUGCUGCUUCCAUCUGCCCAGCCCGAGACCCCCGGGUACCUCGGGGUGUGGGCU